AUGAGCCGCAGCCUCGGGAUCCCGGUGAAGCUGCUGCACGAGGCGGCGGGCCACGUCGUCACGGUCGAGCUCAAGACCGGCGAGGUCUACCGCGGCUCCAUGGUCGAGUGCGAGGACAACUGGAACUGCCAGCUCGAAAACAUCACCUUCACGGCAAAGGACGGCAAGGUGUCGCAGCUGGAGCACGUCUUCAUCAGAGGGAGCAGGGUCAGGUUCAUGAUCAUACCCGACAUGCUCAAGAACGCCCCAAUGUUCAAGCGCCUCGAGGCCAGGAUUAGGGGUAAAGGCUCAGCUGUUGGUGUCGGCCGAGGCCGCGCGGUCGCCAUGCGUGCUAGGAUGUAG